AAUGAAUAAUCAGAAGGAAAAAUCACAGAAGAAAAAUUCAAUCUUAGUUGAUGGAGUUAUUUUAAAUGGCCCGGUAGCAGAUUCAAAAUCAGGCGAGAAAUUUGUGGAAGAGGUCAGUAAGAUGAUAAUGGAAGAAGUGAUAAAAAAAGCAUCUGAUGCAACUGAAAAGGUGUGUGAAUGGCAAUCUCCUGAGAAACUGAGAACACUUCUUGACUUGGAAUUGAAAGACACUGGAGAGAAUCAUCCCAAACUCUUGCAGUUAUGCCAGGAUGUUAUACAAUUCAGCGUCAAAACCUAUCACCCAAGAUUUUUUAAUCAGCUCUAUGCUGGUAUUGAUUAUUACUCUUUAGCAGCACGUUUCAUUAUGGAGGCAUUAAACCCAAGUGUAUAUACCUAUGAAAUUUCUCCAGUAUUUUUGCUAGUGGAAGAAGCAGUCCUAAAGAAAAUGAUUGAAUAUAUUGGAUGGGAAGGAGGAGAUGGUAUAUUUAAUCCAGGUGGCUCUGUUUCCAAUAUGUAUGCAAUGAACUUGGCAAGAUAUAAAUAUUUUCCUGACAUAAAAGAAAAAGGCCUUUCUGGGAUACCUCAGUUGGUUCUGUUUACAUCAGAAGAGUGUCACUACUCAGUGAAGAAGGCAGCUUCCUUUUUGGGAAUUGGCACACAAAAUGUUUACUUUGUCAAAAGUGAUGACAGAGGUAAGAUGAUUCCUGAGGAACUGGAGAAACAAGUCCAACAGGCAAGGAAUGAGGGUUCCACACCAUUUUUUGUCAGUGCUACAGCUGGUACCACCGUUUUGGGAGCAUUUGAUCCUUUGAAUGAUAUUGCUGACAUAUGUGAAAAACACAAUCUUUGGCUGCAUGUUGAUGCAUCAUGGGGAGGCUCAGCUUUACUGUCAAGGAGGCAUCGCAAGCUUCUUCAUGGCAUCCACAGGGCCACUUCUGUUGCAUGGAAUCCUCAUAAGAUGCUUAUGGCAGGAAUCCAGUGUUGUGCACUUCUGGUGAAAGACAGUUCUGACUUGCUUAAGAGAUGUUACUCUGCCAAUGCUUCAUAUUUGUUCCAGCAAGACAAAUUUUAUGACAUCAGCUAUGACACAGGUGAUAAAUCCAUCCAGUGUAGCAGAAGAGCAGAUGCAUUUAAAUUCUGGAUGACAUGGAAAGCUCUGGGGACAACUGGCCUUGAAGAAAGAGUAAACAGAGCCCUUGCUUUAGUCAGAUACUUAGUGGAUGAAAUUAAGAAGAGAGAAGGAUUUCAGUUGCUUCUGGAGCCAGAAUAUGCAAAUAUUUGUUUCUGGUAUAUUCCACCAAGUCUGAGAAAGAUGGAGAAAGGACAUGAAUUCUGGGAAAAACUCAGUUGUGUUGCGCCCAUCAUUAAAGAAAGAAUGAUGAAAAAGGGUAGCAUGAUGCUGGGUUAUCAACCUCAUCGUGGAAAAGUUAAUUUCUUCCGCCAGGUCAUCAUUAGCCCCCAGGUGAUCCAUGAAGACAUGGACUUCCUACUUGAUGAGAUUGAUUCGCUUGGGAAAGACUUGUAGCUGAUGCCCCCAAACACUAGGAGAAGCUUCUGUGUGUGGAGUUUAUAGACUAAAUUAGUUAAUGACACAAUAUUAUUAGACUUUAUGAUCCAUAUAAAAAUGCUCAGAGGUGUGUAGACUUUUUAUACCAAGCAUAUGUUUAACAUUUAAAUUAUAAAGGGAAUUUUAUAAUGAUGGAGUGAUAUAUAAAUCACAGCCCUUUAGAAAAAUAAAGUGUUACAUGAACAAUAGGUAGGAUAUAUCAUAUUUCCUGAAUACAUUCAUGUUUUUGAAUAGAGAUUCAAAUAGAUCCAUAUUGUAAAAUAUCACCUAUCUUUGGACAGUUAAUUUCAUGUAGCAGCCUUUUCCAUUGAUAGAUUGGGAUUGCCACUUUUCUUAUUCCAAACAGUAUGACUAAAAGCUGGGAUGGCUGGGAAUUAUCCUCCAACUGGAAAACACGGGUGAGGUAAACUGAUUUGUGAUGUCUGAAUCUGUUUUAAACACUAAAAUAUCAGCAGGCAUUUUAGAAAUGUAUUCAAGUUUUAAAAAGAUUGUGCAUAUGUUCACAUAUAGAUUUUAGUGUUUUUUUAAAAUGUAGUAUAGCUAUUUAAAGUAAGGAUUUUGGCACUUAUUUAGUAUCACUUAUGUGAUACUAACCAUCACAUAAACCAUCAGCAUUCAUCUACCUAACUAUAAACUUGUUAAAGAAUAUACUAAAACAAUUAUGGAAUCAUUUGACAUAUGCUGUUAUAUUCAAAUACAUCAGUUAAAUGGUAUUGUGAAGAUGGAAAGGCCUAUAAUAUUUCCCACUAUUUAUUUGUGUAUUGCACUACAUAUUAACAAAACUGAUCUUAUUUUUUAUUGAUUCAUAUAGGGAUUCUAUUAUAUUUGCUAAUUUAAAUGUUGACAUUACAUUUGAAGCAUGAUAUAAUAUUUAAUUUAGUAAAGUCCCAUGUUGUUUCUUCCUGCUUUUAUGGUUACAAAAUUCUCUAGAUUCAGUGCUGUAAGAGAUAUUCCUUGUAGCAGCAUAUUUCAGUUUAGCAAGUACACAUUUCUUAUGUUUUUAGAUGAUUGAUAUAAAUGCUUUAUAAUAAAUACUUUAUCAAAAAGU